GAACUUGUUCCUGUUUGAUAUUUAGUAUGGCCGAAUCAUCUGAAUCCACCUCCGAUAUCCUAUCAUUGCCUGUAACUGAGGUGAGAGAAGUUGAGAUUGAUAUAAGUCAGAAUAAUCGACUUAUCCCUGGCCGAUCGAAAGCUGCCGAUGCGGUUUGUCUGGAGUCCGGUUGCGGAUUCAGAUGUUCUCGUAUACCUGGGCUGCGAAAACAUCUUCAAACAGUGCAUGGAUUUGCUCAACCGAAAAGUACUUUUCGAUUUCGUCUAGAAGAAGAUUUCUUUGAAUGGUUGAGUAGAAUUGAAGAUAAAAAUCACUGUUCGUACAUGAGAAGACGAGGUUGGCAAACAAACAAAAAUGAAAGCAAAACAACUAGUUAUUAUUGUCAUCGGGGUGGGUUGUACAUCAGCUCUGCAUCGAAGAAACAAACCAAACAACAAGGUACUUGCAAGACUGGCGUUGAAUGUACGUCUUCGUUAAAAGUGACAUCGUGGCCGAUGCACAAUAAUCUCAUAGAAGUUGAAGCUUAUUUAGAACAUUAUGGACAUAGUUUUGAACUUGGACAUACACGAAUACAUUGGCGAGAUCGCAAGGAAAUUGAAUUGAAGUUAAAAAGUGGAAUGAGCCGCCAUAAAAUUCUUGACGAAAUCAGGGGAAGUUUGGACCAAAGUUCGGGGUUGAGUAGAGUACAUCUCGUUUCGUUACAAGAUAUUUACAACAUUGAGAAAAAAUGUGGCAUCAGGGCCAGUCGUGGUCGCUAUUGUAGUGAAUCUGGCAUCACAGCUCAAGCAUGGAUAGAAGGAAUGCAACAUAGUGAGGAUAACCCCGUGUUGUUAAUCAAGUACCAGCAGGAAUCCGCAACAGAGAAAUAUUCCAGUUUAAGAGAAGAUGAUUUUUUACUUAUUUUGCAAACUCCUCUUCAAUCAAAAAUGUUACAAAAACAUGGUCCUAGGCAAUUUAUGUGUGUUGAUGCUACAAAUGGAAGUCCAUCUGCUGCAGAUGUGAAUGUGAAAGAUAAUCAUGCUUUUCAGCUUUUUGCAUUAGAGGUUCUCAUACCGGAUGAGAAUCACAAUAAAGAAUCUUAUCCAGUUGCUUGGUGUGUAUCCAACAGAAAAGAUGGAGAAGUUUUGAGAAUAUUUUUUGAAUGCAUAAAAGAAAAUUUACAUGGAUUUACUUUAACGCCUGGUUAUCUGUUCGUACCUCCUGUUGGUGUCUCGGGCGGUCAUGACUGGUUUCAAAUUUGGUGUUCUACGUUCGGUGCUGGACCGAGGAAGCUCCUAUCGAGCUGGCAUGUGUUAGAUGAAUGGAAGUCUGUUUUACAAAGUAAAUGCGCUGCUACAUUUCACUUGGAUUCCGAAAGGAGUAGAGUGAUUACUAACUUUGAAACCGUGCUCAGAGAAACAUCCGGAUACCACUUUAUUAAACUAAUUAAUGAAUGUUUGGCAGAUUUAAAAUCAAAUUAUAUGACAGAACCGUUAGCGUCAUAUUUUGAAUCAAACUAUAUGUCUCAAGCUGAAUUAUGGGCUUCAGCCUACAGAACAGACGCAGCUAAUUCAGCAGACUCGAUUCUUGAUAUAUUUCAUUCACGAUUUUCGAAGCAUAUUUAUCAUGAAGCGCUAAAAAGAAAACAAUUGGAUAUUCUAGUAAAGACAUUGAUGAAAUAUACAAGAGAUAAUGUAUUAAUGAAACUACGAAAUUUACACAAAGGGAAAAAUGAAUUUCAUCAUAGAACAGUAACAGGAGUAAUACACAACGAAAGCAUGGCUCUGUCUUUGGGUUCUGUAUCUGCUGUGAAUGGGAAAACUAACCAAUGGACUGUAACAGCCUUCACUCAUUCUGUAGAUGAACAAAUUUCUCAGAUUAAAAAAGUUUCUGUGAAUCUUACAGUUACUAUAAAAACAGAGCGCUGCUGCACAGCGAGAUUGCGAUGUUCGUUGAGAUGCAGUGACUGCUCUGCCUGUUCUCAUCAAAUGACAUGUUCGUGUAAUAUUGACAAUGAAGAGGAGAUUAAAACCAGUGCACAACCAAUGUGUGUCCAUAUGCACCAAGUUUGUCGCUAUCUUAUCAAAGAACAUAAUAAAAGUGUUAAUGAUUUUAUAACACCACCGUUACUACUGAGAUCACAGCCUGUUGAAGCUCCGCCUCUGACAGUUCUGACUAAACCAAUUGUGCAACCAUGCGUGAAGCCAGAAUCAGAUUCUGUCACUGAUAUUAUUAUAACCAUGGAGAAUUAUGAUGAUGCCAUUUCAGGCAGUCUGGAAGAAGAUAAUAAAUCAAAUGAUAAAGAAACACAGCAGGAUUCAGAAAUCAUAAAUAAACAAGUUAAUGAACAACCCAAGUGUCUUGGAUCUGCUAGCACGAAGCUAUUGACACUAUCAGUUCUCCGAGACCGUGACGAAUCGGAAGACCCUUGCAAAAAAAUAAUGGAGAUUAAUAAUGCAAGGAAAGUUAUUAAAUUGGAAUCAAACUCUAAGACUUAUAUUGUGCCUUCAAAGUUUAUAACAAAAAUAAUAAAUAAAUGAAUAAAUAAUAUAUUUUCGAUCAAACUGUUAAAAAAUUAACAAUGUAGGCAAUUGAUCAGCUAGGUAAAAUAUGGGAAUGUGUAAAAAUUAUUUUAAAAAUUUACUAUUUUUUUCAUUUGAAAGAUUUUCAUUAGGCUAGUUAUGGAAGUGUUAUACCUAAUUAUUAUGGAAUUUCGAGUUAAAAUCUUUGGUCUAAAUCGCAUGUUCACCUUAGCAAUUGUUCUUGCAUAUCGACAAUCAUACUAUCAUUGUGAUAUUUCAAGGUGGUCAUCAAGAUGGCUGGAUCUCCUACUUCAUAACAUGUAUUGAAUGGUAAACUAUUCAUAGAUGAGCUUCUGAAUUUAAUUGAUACAGAAAAUAAGUGCUGACAACUAAUUUAAUUUUAUGAUACAUAAUAAUUCAAUAAACAAAGAAAUUGUUGAAUUGCAUUUUGUAUAUAGACAUUCAACUGCAGAUAACUUGGCCUGGUUGGUUCACUGUAUUCAUAAUCUCUCUCUUCAGUGUUGAAGAGUUUUAUAUAUUUUAUAUUAUGUUCAAGUUUGUUAUAUUUUAUUUUAGGUAAUUUCAACAAUUUAUUUUCUGUGCCCAUUUGUUUCCUGUGGCAAUAAUUCUCAUUAGUUGACCACUUCUCAUUAUUGAUAAAGAUAAAACAGCUUUUUAUUACAUUAUUUUCAAAUUUUUUUUUAUCGGACUAUAAUUUUCAGUGAUAUUAAAUGCUUGGUUUGUUGGUAUUAUAAUUGGUGCUUCAGAAGUGUGUGUACCAAUAUGGAGGUAACUUAUUUUGUUCGCCUCUUUACAUCAAGUUGUGUUAAGGGACUGAAACUCGUGGGCAGGGGGUAUGUUCACUUGGCUUACACAGACAGUGUCCAAACUCGAAACAGAACUAAAAUAAAGAAAAUCUGAAUAAAAUUAUGCCCUAACCUGGUACACAUACUACGGGAGUACCUUAUAAUUUGUGGUGAUAAUAACUGGUGUGUUUUUUGUCAAAUGUUGGACCACGUUUAUUAGCAUUUGUUUGCAUUAGUCAAGAAGGUUAUUGGGUGUCCAUAAAGUCCCUUUACAAUUUCAAUUUUGUUAUGAAGUCAGUUCUCAAUAUAUCUUAAUUAACCAGGUUUGUCGUUUUUUAAUCAGUAACUGUUCAAGUAUUUUUACUGCAUUUAAUACAUCUGUGAUUGCCAAAACAAUAUCUAUAAAUUCCCUUCACAAUUUAAAAAAUUUCAAGACUUUAUGGACACCCUAUAUAUUGUAUUAUAUUAAAUUAACUUAGCUCAAGCCACACCUCUGUACUCUAUAGCAGGGCUACUCAACUAUUUUCACCGAAGGUCUGUUUACGAAACUUCAAAAUUACUGG